GAGACCACUAUCUUAUACCCAGUGUCGAUUGUUCUGCCCUGCGAGAAGGAAAGAGUGCUAUCGUUGCUGGAGUAUACAGAAAGAAAAACACUUGGGUCUUGCAAUGUCAAUUUCAGCAACGGCCGUGACGGACCCUAAGAGUCUCAUUACGGAGGAAUAUGUUAAGAAAGCGCUCAUAGCGGACAAGGGAAUCCAGGCUGUCUUAAAAUGCUGGAAGGUAGCUGAUUUCACCAAACGCGGAGAUAACUAUGCCAGUGAAGUAACAAGUGUAGAAGUCACAUAUUCUCUGAAUGAUAAGGAAGAGUUUGUCACCUAUGUCGUAAAACUGAAUCCUCAUAGGAAUUUUGGAGAAUUUCAAGAAGCAGAACCAUUUCUCUUUGAAAAGGAGGGCAAAUUUUAUAAAGAACUUAUGCCAGUGCUGAAUGAAUCACUAAUGUCUGCAGGCCAAAAGCCUCUACGCUAUGCUAAGUGUUUCUUUGUUUCCUUAGAAGAGGGAAAAGAACAACUUUAUUUUGAAGAUCUAAGAGCAAGAGGUUUCAAAAUGUUUGACAGAAGGAAAGGUAUGGAUGAAUGUCACAUUGCUCUCGUUAUUUCCGAGCUCGCCAGACUGCACGCUGCAUCUUAUCUCCUGACAAAGAAGGUUCUGAAAGGAGAGUCUGCUGGAGCAAGAUAUGAAUUUCUGUCUAAAGAUCUUUUGGAUUUUACCCCAAAUACCAAAGAAUUAUUUGUGUCAUGGAUGGAAAGAUGUGUUGAUACCGGGGUAAUAAUGUUGGAUAAAAUUGGUGGUUAUGAAACUGCCAGUGCUUGGUUGAAGUCCUUGAGAUCUGAAAUUGAAAAUAUUUUAUCUUUAGGAAUACAAAGUACAAGAUUCAGCAGUAUAUGCCAUGGGGACAUCUGGAACAACAAUGUUCUAUUUAGAUAUAACACUGAAGGUCGUCCAGUGGAAGUCAUGUUGUUAGACCUUCAAAUGUGUCGGGAAGCUUCUGCUGCAAGUGAUCUGAAUUACGUGCUGUGUACAAGUGUCAACGGAGACGUGAGGAAACCAAAACUCCGUCAUUUCCUAUCUCUGUAUCAUUCAACCUACAAGGAAGUCCUAGAAGGGGGCGAUAUGCCCAUGCAUUUUACUCUGGAAGAACUCGUGGAGGAAUACAGAGACAAGAAUAAAUAUGGAUUGAUAUUUGCUUUAGUUAUCAUACCAAUUAUAUUGGCAGAAACCGAGGAAGUUGUUCCAGAAAUGUCAGACACAGACAUUGACACUCUUAUGAACGACUUCAAGGCAAUAGCUUUAGAAAAGCUCAAAACAAAUCCCCUGUGUAAACCUCGCUUCCUGUCAAUUUUUGACGAGUUUAUGGAAACAGGUGUCAUCGCAUGAUUUUUGCUGUAGGCCAGAUCUAAUUCCAUCAAUGAAUGAUUCACUGAAG